UAACCAUCUGUUGGUGAUCUAGGCGUUUACUCGGAAUUUACUUGAGAAUUUUUCGGAAAGCCUGGAACCGUUAAGGGAUUUAUCGACGGCAAAACGCACGGAAAUGUAACUUUUUUAAUUGUCUUACUGCUCCAGUUUAAGCCUCAACAGAGGAAGAAGAAGUGGGACAUUGCAUGUAACGUUUUUAGAGGAUACUGUUCUUUGUUAAGAGAUAGUCGUUUCUGCUCAAUAGUUGCUGCAGCGAAAUCUGACAAAAUGUCGCCAAAAUCACAGUUUCGUGCCAUCUUUCUGUGCGUAAUAGGCGUUUUGGCUUCCGAUGCCCAAGAAUGUGGCCGAUCACCGAUAGUGGAGAACAGGAUUGUGGGAGGGAUGGACGCCAUAGAUGGUGCUUGGCCGUGGCAGGUGGAUAUACAGUUAACGACUGCUAUUCAUAUCUGUGGAGGCUCCAUCAUCUCAGAGUACUGGGUCCUAUCAGCCGCUCAUUGUUUCCCCAAUCCCUCAGAUUUAAGCUCUUACGUCGUCUACGUUGGCCGGUACCAGCUGAACGGAUGGAACCAGCACGAGGGGAUGUACAGUGUGAGCCGGGUGGUGAUCCCGUCUGGUUACAGCGAGCCGCACAAUGGGAAGGACCUGGCGUUGGUGCAGCUGUCCAGCCCAGUGACCUGGUCAGAUUACGUCCAGCCCGUCUGUUUGCCCGACUCUGGCACGCUGUUCCCAGAAGGCCUGCUGUGCUUCGUCACCGGUUGGGGAAAUGUCAGGGAUAGCGUCCCUCUGCCAGGACUCGGGACUCUGCAGGAAGUGGAGGUGCCAAUCAUUUCCCAGAGUUCAUGUCAGGAGAUGUACCAGACGCACCCGACGGAGCAGGUGGACAUCCUGUAUGACAUGAUCUGUGCUGGAUACCAGAAGGGCGGCAAGGACUCCUGCCAGGGCGAUUCAGGAGGGCCCCUUGUCUGCAAGAUGGUGAAUGGGACCUGGGUGCAGGCGGGGGUGGUGAGUUUCGGACUGGGCUGUGCUCAAGAGAACCAGCCAGGUGUUUACGCGAGAGUCACCAGCUACUCCAGCUUAAUCAGAGACGCGGUCCCAGGGAUCCGCCUGUAUGGCCGAGCUGCAAAGAACUGGUGUGGGAGGGCGGCCAUGUUGGUCAGCUGGCUGUCCUCUCUACUGAUCCUGCUUCAGAGGUAGAACACUGUAUCAACGCGAUAUCAGACCAAAUGAAGGAGAAAACAAAUAAUAUGUCAGACUCACGUCCAAAGUUAUCCUGAAUGGUAGAACUAGAAACCUGAAGUGCAUAUCAAGCCAUAUUGAACAAGAAAUGUAAUUUUAAUCGUAAUUUUUGUAACUGAUUAAAUGUAGUUUUGAUAGGUUUGUAUUUGAAAUCAGAAUUAUGAGCUUAAUAAAUUAUGUGUUCUGUAUUUGAAAUAAAUUGUUCAUUUGAUUCUUAAAAAUCAGGUCAGUGUUCUGUUCAACUUUUUAUAGCUGAGUUUGGAAGUGUUUGACACAUUUCUGAGAUCAAGUUUUUUUUUUAAUCCUUUUUCAAAUGUUUAUUUUAAAAGCAGUAAGUCAAUCUUAAGGUGUGUUUCCAACAGUACCAACUUAAUAUCAAUGUUGUUGGGGAAUAAUUCUAACUCCUUUACUCCUAAGAUAUCUAACCUUUUUGCCCUUUGACGUUUACGACCAACCCUGACUCGGUUAUCUCCCUUAAGGAAUGUGUUGCUCCAGCCAUAUGGCGCUGGCUCCAGCUAUAUGUUGAUAUUCCCAGUUUAUGACCGGGCAAAUCUCGGACACAAAUGGUUUAUGGUUCUGAGAACGCUGGAACACUUCCUUCUCUGUGUUUGUGGACUCCAAGGUGCAUUCUUCGAGGCCAUGAGGGUCAGACAAGUGAUUCACUGUCCCCAGAUGUUUAGGCUAUCUCCCCCAAUAUGUUGAUUACUCUCUGUAAACUAGUUUAAAAGGUCUAGCGAGACAGAGGCGCUUGAGAAUUGACGUGGCAACCCUCCCGUGCAGUCAGAACCUCUGGCUGUGUGAGUUGUGAUGUGAAUCCUCCGGCCGAUAUUUGUAAUAAACCAUCAGUGUUUGACAUCAAA